GGCGGCGGCGGCACAAAAUGGCGGCGGCGGCGGCAGGCGGCGGCCCUGCGGGUCCUCAGGCGGCCGGCGCGGCUCCCGCCCCGGUACCGGGUCCCGGCGCGGUGCUGAUCGGCGACCGGCUGUAUUCGGGCGUGCUGAUUACCCUGGAGAACUGCCUGCUACCCGAGCACACGCUGCGCUUCACGCCGUCCAUGAGCAGCGGCCUAGACCCCGACACCGAGACCGAGCUGCGCGUCACCGGCUGCGAGCUCAUCCAGGCGGCCGGGAUCCUGCUGCGGCUGCCGCAGGUGGCUAUGGCUACAGGACAAGUGUUAUUCCAGCGUUUCUUUUAUACCAAGUCUUUUGUGAAGCAUUCCAUGGAGCAUGUUUCCAUGGCCUGUGUCCAUCUGGCAUCCAAAAUUGAGGAAGCCCCCAGACGCAUUCGGGAUGUGAUCAAUGUGUUCCAUCGCCUCAGACACCUGAGGGAGAAAAAAAAACCUGUGCCUCUAAUAUUGGAUCAAGAAUAUGUGAACUUGAAGAAUCAAAUAAUUAAGGCAGAAAGAAGAGUGUUGAAGGAGUUGGGAUUUUGUGUUCACGUGAAGCACCCUCAUAAGAUAAUCGUUAUGUACCUUCAGGUAUUAGAAUGUGAACGUAACCAACACCUGGUCCAGACCUCAUGGAACUACAUGAACGACAGCCUGAGAACAGAUGUGUUUGUGAGGUUCCAGCCAGAGAGCAUUGCCUGUGCCUGCAUUUACCUGGCAGCCAGGACACUGGAGAUCCCUCUUCCAAAUCGCCCACAUUGGUUUUUACUGUUUGGAGCAACAGAGGAAGAAAUUCAAGAGAUCUGCUUAAAAAUCUUGCAGCUCUACACAAGGAAAAAGGUGGAUUUAUCUGAUCUGGAAAGUAAAAUAGAAAAGAAGAAAUUGGCUAUUGAAGAGGCAAAAGCACAAGCUAAAGGUCUGGUACCUGAGGGAGUUCCAAGCUUGGAUAACACAUCGGGAUUUUCCCCUAUCCCAAAAAAUGAGUCUCCAAAAGAGGUGAAAGGAAAUAAACCUUCACCCCUACCUGUGCAGGCCAUGAAGAAUGCUAAAAGGAAAACGGAGGGAACCAAGAGAACCAGCUCCAACAGCCCAGUAAAUGGUGUCCAGAAAGGAAGAGAGAGCAGGAGUCGAAGUGGAAGCAGAGAUCAGAGUUACUCAAGGUCCCCAUCGAGGUCUGCAUCCCCCAAGCACAGGAAGAGCGAGAGCUACUCCACGUCCAGCGGCUCCAAGUCCCAGAGCCGCUCGCGGAGCCGCAGCGAUUCCCCCCCGAGGCAGUUCAACCACAGCUCUGCCUACAAGGGCUCCAAGGGCCGCGGCUACAAGAAAUCCAAGGACUACAGCAAGUACCAGGGGGGGCACAAGGGCCGCAGGUCCCGCUCCAGGAGCUCGUCCCGCUCCCGCAGCCGCUCCCGCGAGCGCCCCGAGCACACGGGCAAGUACAAGAAGAAGGGACAGGGACACUACUACCGCAACCACCGGCACGAGAGAGCCCGCUCCUAUGAGAGAGGGCACCGCUACGAGAGGGACAGGGACAGAGAGAGGGACAGAGAGCACCCCGGGCACAGCCGGCACCGCCGGUGAGAGGCAGACACAGAGAGAGCGCCCCAGGCACAGCCGGUGAGCCCUUCCUGGGGGGUUCUCACUGGUGAGCCCUGCUGGAGCUGAUUCCUGAGGGUCCUUCUGGGGCUGCUUCCCGAGGGAAUUCCUGCCCAGGGCUGCUCUCAGGGGGAUUCCUGCUGGUGAGCCCCUUCUGGGGUUGCUUCCCAAGGGAAUUCCUGUCAGUGAGCUCCUGAGGUGCUUGCAGAGGGAAUUCUCACUGGUGAGCCCACCAAGCGGCUUCCAGGGGAAAUUCCUGCUGGUGAGUGCCAGGGCUGCUCCUGGGGGAAGGGAAUGCCCACCCAGGGCUGUUCCUGAGGGAAUUCCCUCUGGUGAUCUGGGGUGCUUCCUGAGGGAAUUCUCUCCGGCACCCCGGGCACAGUUGGUGAGAUGGAGCUGCUUUUCUUGGGAAUUCCCUCUGGCACCACUGGUGAACCAGGGCUCAUUCCCUCAGAAUUCCCUCUGCCAGCAGAGCUCGUUCCCUAUGGCUUGUGCAGGGUUAAUCUGGCUCCUGAGCCAGCACUUUGUGCUCAUCCCUGAACCCAAAGCAAAGCCUGGCAGGGUGGGAGGUGAUGUCAGCAGUGUAACUGUCACCCUCACAUGGGAGCUCCUGUCCUGCUCCUCAGGAUUUCCAUCCCCAGGGCAGCCCAUCCUUGGAAUGCUGUGCCCAGCAGCUCUUCCCUGUGGGGCUGGAAAGCUCCUCAGCCCCCCAGGAGUGGUUUGGUGCUACCAAUGCCCUCUUCUCAUGCUGGCUCGGUGAUGUUGUACAGGUGGGAGGCGAUUUUUUUUUUUUAGUCCUGUUGCCUAUAUUAGGUUCUCUGUGUAUAUAUAUAUAUAUUUCGCAGUGUUACAGUAUGGGAAAAUGGCCUUCCUAGCCUUUACACUUUACCCACAAUGUAAAUAAGCAUUUGUUUAAUACAGGUGAAGAUAUAUACAGAAAAAUUCAAAAACUUGAAUUCUAUCAAAAAAAAAAAACUUGUGUAGAAAAUUCUGAUAAAUGUGAAAGUAUUUAGCUCUGUGCAUUGAGAGUAGUAUAUUUUUAUCUGUGCAAUGCUGUGUGCAGGCCACCAGCUCAGAAGACAUUUCCUAUAUAUCCAUUUGAAGUGGUUGAAAAUUCUUGACUCAGGAUCUUUGAAGAAUUGGUAGUUUGUCAGUCUGCAUGCUUGAUGAACAGAGCAAUUAAAAACCCAGUUAGCAGAGCCCCACAGCCCAGUAGUAUCAGUUCUAGUGGUAUAUCUGAGCUGUUACUCUCAUGCUCCCCAAUUUCAUUAAAGUAUUUGAUUUU